CCCAGCGGACCACGGAAUCCGGAGAACUGUGCACUCUCUCUCCGGCUCCCUGCCGCGGAGAUAUCUAUCGGAGAAUCUGCCUGCAAGACAAAUCAAGGAGUCGCUCCUGCUCAGAGAAUUCUUAGGAUCAUUUAGCGAUCGCAGCUCUUCGGAAUCAUAAGGGCAAAGGCGCAGACGGGGGGAUGGGAAACCGCUUGGGACUGAAAGGCCCGGCUGGGUGGAGGCGAAUGCCAUUUCUCCUUCUCCUGUCUUUGUUCAGCCGGGCGCUGUCGGAGCAAAUCCGCUACACUAUACCCGAGGAGCUGGCUAGGGGCUCGCUGGUGGGGAACCUCGCCAAGGAUCUGGGGCUUGGUGUGCGAGAUUUGCCUGCUUGGAACCUGCCGGUUAGUGCAGAGAAGAAAUUCUUUACAAUGAGCACGGAGAAUGGGGACUUACUUGUGAGCGAUCGUAUAGACCGAGAACAGAUUUGUGGCAAGAAGUCGACGUGUGUUCUGGAAUUGGAAAUGGUCUCUGAAAAGCCUUUGAACUUUUUUCAUAUAAAUGUGGAGAUUCAGGAUGUAAACGACAAUCCACCGACCUUUAGCCAAAAUAUCACUGAGCUGGAAAUCAGUGAACUGGCCCCAACUGGAGCCACGUUUGCCCUGGAAUCCGCGCAAGAUUCAGAUGUAGGUGUCAAUUCCCUGCAGCAGUACUACCUCAGCCCUGACCCACACUUCUCUUUGAUCCAGAAGGAGAACCCAGAUGGCAGUAGGUACCCAGAACUGGUAGUGAAGGCUCUCCUGGACAGGGAAGAGCAGUCCUGCCACGACCUGGUCCUCACCGCUGUGGAUGGGGGCCAGCCGGCCAGAAGCUGUACUACCCAGAUCAGGGUAAUUGUGGCAGAUGCAAAUGAUAACCCCCCAGUGUUCACCCAGGAUAUGUACAGGGUCAGUGUGCCAGAGAACCUGCCAGUGGGCUCCUCUGUGCUAAGAGUGAUCGCCACUGACUCUGAUGAGGGCGUCAAUGCUGAGAUCACCUAUGCUUUCAUCAACAUCGGUAAGGCAGUGAGACAACUGUUCAAGCUGGACAGUAAGACUGGUGAACUCACCACUGGCAAACGACUGGACUUUGAGGAGAGCGAGAGCUACACAAUUGGGGUGGAAGCAAAGGACGGUGGACGUCACACUGCCCAUUGUAAGGUACAAAUAGAUAUUUUGGAUGAAAAUGACAAUGCUCCUGAAAUAACCCUGGAUUCUGAAUCUAAACAUAUACAAGAAGAUGCUGAGCCAGGGACUGUUGUUGCUCUGAUCAAAACACGUGAUCUAGAUUCUGGAUUUAAUGGGGAAAUCCAAUGCCGACUAAAUGGAAAGUUCCCAUUUAAAAUAGUUCAAGACACAAAAAAUACAUACAAGUUGGUGACAGAUGGAGCCCUAGAUAGAGAGCAGACUCCAGAGUACAAUGUCACCAUCACAGCCACCGACAGGGGCAAGCCGCCUCUCUCCUCCAACAGAAGUGUCAUCUUGAACAUCGCUGAUGUCAACGACAACUCUCCAGUUUUCCAACAGGCCUCUUACGUGGUCCACGUGGCUGAAAACAACCCUCCCGGAGUCUCCAUCGCCCAAGUCAGGGCCUCGGAUCCCGACCUGGGACCCAACGGCCGCGUCUCCUACUCCAUCGUGGGAGAGAAAAGCAGCGAGAUCCUGCUUGCCGUGCACGCGCCUGAAGCACAAAGCACAGAUAGUUCGCAACGAACCGUCUCCGAGACUGUGAGGAAACUGGGCAGAGGAGCUCUGAUCCCCAACUGUCAGAUUCCAGGACGGAAGAUCUGA